AUGAGAACAUCUAAACAUAAAAAAAUAAAUAAUCUAUCAGAUGAAGAAUUAGCUGCAUUAAAAUCAUUAAAAUCGAAUAAUAAUAUAGUCAUAUGUAAGGCAGAUAAAGGAGAACAAUUUGAGCAAUUAAAUAGUGAUAAGUUUCAUCUUGAACGAGAAGAAGAAUUAAAUAAAUAUAUUUUAUCAUUGUAUAAUGAUAAUGUAAUAGAUACUAAACUUCGUCAUCAAUUAAAAUCAAAAUGUUCCUCUAUUUCAGUCUUUUAUGGACUUCCUAAAGCACAUAAAACAGGAUAUCCUCUACGACCAAUAAUAUCAACUAUAGGAAGUUAUCAAUAUCAACUAUCGAAAUACUUAGCUAAAGCUAUUAGGGAUGCUCGUCUACAGGCUCCAUCAUAUGUCAAAGAUUCAUUUGAGUUCGUAAAAAAGAUCAAAGAAAUAGUACUCGAGUAA